UAUAAAAUCGAGAAGAUGGGAAACAAACCCGCAAAAGAAAGAGAUGAAGUACUUGUGAAGGUUGUGCCACCAUUGGACCGUGCCUAUGUACGUUGGCUUGCCAAAGAUUUGGAGAGGAUUCAUGGCUACGUUCCCAGAAAACCUCGUGCCAUAAAACCACCAGAUCAUUACAUCGAAUACAUGCAGAUGAAUAGAUGGUUAGAUCUGGACCUAAACGAUCCUGAUCUCGGCCAUUUAUUCAAAUAGCAACUUUGUGAAAUCAUUGAUAUUUCGAGGUAAAGUAAGAACAACCAAAUCUAGUUCAACUUCUGGAUUUCCUAUUAUCAAUCGAUACUGCUUUCUUUGUAAUGUGCGAAACCAACGAAAUUUGACUUAAGGUUUUUAC